AUGGAAUUAUCCCCUAUGAAAUGGAUCCAACGUUCUGUAAUGCCGCACGAAGUGAAGAUAAUCGAAAAGGCGUUUGCCAGUUAUCGCAAGAGCACAUGCAUUCGAUUUCAACCCAGAAACGAUGAACAGGACUUUCUCAAUAUUGUGAAAGGCUAUGGAUGUUACUCGCAAGUGGGACGUACUGGAGGGAAGCAGGAGAUCUCGCUGGGUCGAGGAUGCCUUUUCCACGAAAUAAUCGUUCAUGAGCUAAUGCAUUCGGUUGGAUUUUGGCAUGAACACAGCCGUGCUGAUCGAGACGAUCAUAUCCAUAUCCGUUGGGAUAACAUAUUGCCAGGCAUGAAAUCACAGUUCGAUAAGAUCUCAGCGGCACUGCAGGACACCCAAGGCGAAAAAUACGACUAUCGAUCGAUAAUGCAUUACGAUUCGACGGCAUUUUCUCGUAAUGGGAAGAAUACCAUUGAAACUGUGGUGGAUGGAUUCACGGACGUUAUAGGGAGUUCUGUCGAUCUGUCAGAACUCGAUAUAAUCAAGGUUUGUCUUCAAAAUAAUCUGUGGAGCAGCGGCUGUUGA